CCGAACAAGCUUGAGUUUCAUGUGAUCCGAAGCCGAUGCGCGGCGAUUAAAAGAGACGAAAAGUGGGGUUAGGUUUGCAGUAGAGGGACAAGAGUGAGAGAGGGAGAGACGUAACGGUGGGAAGAAAAAGAUAAGAGUUUUCUCGCGUUCACUAAGUGGGGAUAGAAUCUCGGCUCUGCUGCAGAAGCAAACUGUAUAGUUCUGCGUCUCCAGCCAAGCUGUGUAUACGAUCGGCAAGCGUGAGAAGGAGAGAAAGAGAAGGGUAGCGAGCGGGCACAUCGCGCGGUAUAUACAAGAAGGAAGAAAGGAAUCCCCGUUGUGGAACAAGCUAGACAGAGACGAAAGCAAAAGAGAGCAGCUUGUGGAACGGCAUGUCCUCGUGUGCUCGUGUCGUACAGCGUUUCCAGCGUUUCUGAACGCAGCCAUUACGACAGAACCGUUCCCGGUGACGCUUUGCUGCGGUAGAACCGUGCUCACGCGCGCCAGUGGCCACGAAACGAUCGGAACGGAACGCACGUGCUUUUUUCGGAAAUUUGUACGAAAUUUUUGUGGCAGGAUAAUCGUCCUCUCAGUGAUAAAACGAUAACGAACCGAAGCGCACCGAGGGACGCCGCCGUGAGAUACGAGAAUUUUUUGAAGACUUGUUUCUGUGUGUGUGUGUACAGAACUUAGGGACGCCUGUUUGACGCGCGGCGUCACGUCGCGCGGGUUACCCGAGUGUUCGGUUUUCGAUUUGGCGAACGAUCGAGGAGAACUCGCGAUUAAAACGAAAACACCUUUCUAUUCGACUUCUGUGUGACACCCCGGCCUUCGAGGGAAACAUAACUAAUCAUGUUUGACGUAUUCGGCUCCGUAAAGGGUUUACUAAAACUCGAUAGCGUUUGCAUCGACAACAAUGUGUUCCGGCUUCAUUAUAAAGCGACAGUGAUCAUAUUAAUCGCCUUCUCGUUACUGGUCACGUCCAGGCAAUACAUCGGAGAUCCAAUAGAUUGCAUCGUGGACGAGAUACCGCUUCACGUGAUGGACACGUAUUGCUGGAUUUACUCUACGUUCACGAUCCCCGAUCGUACCGGCAUCGUCGGAAAGGACCUGGUGCAGCCUGGUGUCGCGGCACACGUCGAGGGCGAGGACGAGGUCAAAUACCAUAAGUACUACCAAUGGGUGUGCUUUACAUUGUUCUUCCAGGCGAUAUUAUUCUACAUACCGCGUUACCUGUGGAAGACGUGGGAGGGCGGCAGGAUCAAAAUGCUCGUCCUGGACCUGAAUUGUCCCGUAAUGAGCGAUGACGGUAAAACGGAGAGGAGAAAAUUAUUGGUCGAUUAUUUCGGGACCAACUGGCACACACAAAAUUUCUACGCGUUCCGUUUCUUUCUAUGCGAGGUGUUGAACUUUAUCAACGUCGUCGGGCAAAUAUACUUCAUGGAUUUUUUCUUGGAUGGCGAAUUCACCACCUAUGGCUCGGAUGUAGUAAAAUUCACCGAAAUGGAACCGGAGGAGAGGAUCGACCCUAUGUCGCGGGUGUUCCCAAAGGUCACCAAAUGCACCUUCCACAAAUAUGGUGCAUCCGGUACGGUGCAGAAAUUCGACGGUCUCUGCGUGCUGCCGUUGAACAUCGUCAAUGAGAAGAUCUACGUGUUUCUCUGGUUCUGGUUCAUCAUCCUGUCCGUGCUGAGCGGCCUGACCCUGGCUUAUCGUGCCGCAGUCGUCGCCGGGCCAAAACUUCGCUUGGUGUUAUUGCGCGGCCGAUCGCGCCUGUCGCCGCCGGAUCACAUCGAGACGAUCGCGGAUAUGUGCCAAAUCGGCGAUUGGUUCGUUCUUUAUCAGCUUGGUAAAAACAUAGACCCGGUCGUAUAUCAACAGCUGAUCGCGGAUCUAGCCACCAAGCUUCAGGGCAAAGAGUCCGUCUAGUUUUCGAUUAUACAAUUCAUUUAGAAUUCCUCUUUUUCUUUUCUAUUCCCAAUUCUUCGUUCCACUUGAUCGAUUUUCGAACAUCUGAUUAGAAUCGUCUUAGUUUAACGCAUAUAAUGUAUUCUUGGCAUAGUUCAACUUGAAGAGUCGUGGGGAGGGGCAUUGUUUUUGAAAUCCGUUUGCUGUGUACGUAUCACAUUAUAACAUAUCUAGAGCGUAUAUCAAUAUUUUUCGAAAAAUAUAUCGUAGUUCAACUGAAGCGUACGUGGGAAGGUGAAUCGCCUUUUACGGGAAAUCUGAUUCGAAGAAUGUUUUCUGUAAGAUAUCGGGCGAAGCAAAUGAGGAAAUUAAUAAUAAUUUAAUAUUUUUUUACAUUUGUUCAACUGUACGUCCAUUGUCUUGCAAUACUGCCAUAUUACGCAAGUACACAUAUAUACUGCGCUCCUCGCCUAUUCUUUGUCAUCUGUAUAUGUAUUUUUUCCUUAUCUUUUAAUAUCAUAUUUUUUUCUACUUUAAAUCAUUUUACACAGCGUAAGAUAUAUCAAAAUAUACUCGAUAGUGUUAGGAAACCAAUACAUAUACUCGCCAGUGCAGUGUAUGAAGGACUGAAGCAGGAAUAUUGUUCAUUUUUCUAACGACGUCGUUUUUACUUUAAAAACAUAUUGUUUCCCUUUUGCUUGGUCCGGUACCUUACGAUAAAUUUACAAGCAACAGCAACAAUGACGAGGAUACAUAUAUACAAUAUGUCCAAACGUACGCGAGAUAUAGAGAAAGAGAGAGAGAGAGAGACAGACAGACAGACAGAGAGAAAGAGUUUAGUAUUAAAUUCCUUCGAGAUAUGGAGGUCUUUGUAGAGAGAGACUCUGAUUGUGUGAUAUAAAACGGGGGACGACGUUUUCAUUUCCUUUGCCAUUCAUGUUUCCCCCACCUUUUCCUACCCAUUUCUUCCCCUUUCAUAAAAUGCGCAUCUUAUUUACUUUCCUUUUCUAUUUGUUUCAAACAGGCCGCCUCUGAUUACUCUCCCAAUAUUUGUUUUUUUUUUCUCACUUUGGUUCACUCUUGGGUGAAAUAACACGCGAGAAAAAGGGGUAGAAAAGUCGAGUGGCAAAUCUAUCACGGAGGUACAAAGACUUUUAAUCCUUCCAAAGCGAAUCUUGUUUCAUGUAAUAUGAAAAAUGUUGUCUUAUUCCAUUAAUAUAAUGGACUGCAUGUCAAUUCAAAUUAUAUACACAUAACUUAUGCAUGUAGACUUCUUAUAAAUUUAAGAAAAAUGACAAGAUCUUGUAUAUAUAUCGUUAAAUUUAUAAAUCGUAUAUAUACAAAUAAAUCGAAGUAUACAUGGUGAGUUAAUUAAAACUCACGUGAAAUAACCAUUAUCCAAUCCAUUCCAAAAUGGACAUGUUUCGAUGCUUUUAAAAUGCUGUCAAAUGCAGCAUGUGCCUCAAUGACACUCACUGAGUUAACUUGGGGUUGUACUAUUCCGUCAGCUUUGAGAGGGUUAAAUAGUUUUUUCUGCCUUUUAUCCUCCGUUUAAGAAUCAAGAACAACACGUCGUC